CAUUCUGGUAUUCUGGUACAACAAUGAGAAUGACUUUGGAGUAUUUGGUACUUUGUACCUGUUUCUUUGAGUAUCCCGUCACGGCAUAUACUGAGUUAUGUACGAUUUGUUGGAAACAAUUCGAAUGAUAUUUCAAUGCAUUAAGUUGGUUAUAUCCACUUUUACACAAACAUACUAGAUCUAUCGGGAGGCCUUACCCAGGGUCGAGUCAGCCUAACACUAAUGACUCCACUUUUCUAUCUCCCUCAUUGAAGGAUAGUGGAGGCACUAUUUGCUAUUCAGGAAGGAAGAGGUCGUUUUCGUGCAUAUGAAGGGUACAGGGUUUUAUGUGAUAGAGCUAGUAGGAAAGAGUAUGAUGUAGCUUUCAGAAUCAGGUUGCUCGAAGAGAGGGGUAAUGGUCAUGAUUCUGUAGUGGAGACUUUCUGGACAUCUGGUUCGAGGUGUAGCGUUCUGCAUCUGUAAUUGUAAGAGGAGCUUUGAAGCUGUGGAGGUUGAGGAUAGUGAGGAUAAAGAAGAGGUUGGUAAUUUUGAGAAGGUUGAGUUAGGAGUUUGAGGUUGAGAAGUAAACUUUUUGGUGGAGAUGGAUUGGGCAACUUUGAUUCAGGGAAUCAGGAAAGUGGAAAUGUGGUUUUGAGGAGGAAUGCCACUGAUGAAGACGAGGUUUUGCAGGAACUUGAAGUCUAAGAAGGUGAGAUUAGAUGAAGAAAUGAUGACAUUGGCUCAAAUGCAAUUGGAAGCAUGGCGAAAGGCUAGCAAAGGGAAGGUAAAAUUGAAAGAUAACAGAAGGAGGAACCGGAGAGAGUAGACAUAGCAAAGAAGAGCUAAGAAUCAAGUUGUUGGAAAAGUGGGAUUUUAGUUGGAGUAAAUGAAAGAGCUCAGACAUCAAAGAAGAUUGCGAUUCAUGAGACAGAGAAGCAAGCUAUAUCAGGAAGCCUAGUAGUGCUAAGAAUGUCGGGUAUUUGGAGAAUGGUGGUCUGGAGAUGAUGGAGGUUGACGACUCAAGACUUCUAUGACUUCGAUACUGACAAAGCAGAGAAGAGUUUCAAGAAGGGGCAAGUGUGGGCUGUACACAACGAUACUAAUGGAAUGCAGGCAGUAUGGUUUGAUCAAUGAGGUGGUCUCUGUGAAUCCUUUCCAGAGAAGGGAGUUCGGGUUUCACGUUGUUAAAUGUGUCGAUAAAAAUGUGCUCCAGAUGUUUUCUCAUUAAAUUCCUGCGAGGAAGGUCACUUGUGAUGAGAUCCCCGAGCUUCCGAAAGACUAUUGGCAGCUUGAUCCAGUUUCUCUUCCCGCAGGGUUGUUCCAUUCAAAGCAUGUAUAAUAGAUUAGAGUAAGAGGUAAUCUCCUAUCUCUGCAUUCAUGCUGAGCUUUUCAAGUGAAAAAGAUGAAAAAGGUGUAAUUCUAAUUCCCAAUUAGUAUAACAAAAUUUCACAUUCAUACACAUCUGUUCAUAUCCUUCUCAUAAAAGCCUUUUCCAGCUCAAAAACUAGAGAAGGAUAAAAAAAAAAAGUCAUUUCAUCUACACAAUUCAGUCAUUGAUCUCCAUUGCAUCGUUAUGGUUUCACUCUUGCUGUUUAAGAUCUGGUCAAGGCUGAAGUAACAUGAAUGAAAGUCUCUUCACUGCAGGGAAUUGUUAACCCACCCAUUGGAUGAUCAAACCCAAACUCUUCUUCUGCCAUGGUCAGCAAGUCAUGAAAAGAUUGCUGGCUUAAGUAAGAUACUGGGACAACAAAUCUCUUCCUCUGAGUCUCUCCAACAUAGACUGCCAAGAAACCUUUCGGCACAUCUGGAAACCUUGUGGAGGCUGAUUUGCUCGAGCCAGACCCAGAUCGUCGGAGAAUUUGCUUGGCGAGAUUACCGGGCAAACCGAUAGCCAUUUCUCUUUCUGUUGAUGAAUCUGAGCACGAGAAAAGAUGAAGAGGAAGGUUUAAGCAGGGGAUUUGGGACUCUUGUUAUCUUUUUGUGUAAUUGGAGAUGGUUCUGAGCUCAGAAUAUGGAGAUGUUUAUAUAGAGGGCUGCUUCACAAAUUUGACUGGGUUGGCUCGAGACAUGGUCCAUGACAUAUCACAUGGUCCUGCCAUCCCACCGUACAACAUAUGUAGGGAAGGGAGAGUAGGGUAGACGUACCCUACAACUGGAGGGUAAGCCAAUGGAGAAGAGCUUAAAGAUUGGACACCAGUAGUGGACAUUCAGGCAUUAAUGCUGUGAAUUAGCUGUGCAGCUAACCUUCCCAUUUACUGGUCUGGACAUGGUCGGGACAACUAGUUGGGCGAUAAGUUGUGUCUGCUAAUGAAGACGGAAGAGUUUAACAUAUCAAAGAGGCAUUUACGAGGAACAAAUGACCUAUUAAGGAGGCUAAGAAAACUUGGUUUGGUGGUCCAAGCCAAUUAAGGAGGCUAAGAAACAAGUGGAAGAAUGAAUGCAAUUAAACCAUACAUUCUGGUAUUCUGGUAUGACAAUGAAAAUGACUUUGGAGUACUUGGUUGGUACUUUGUACCUGUUUCUUUGAGUACCCCGUCACGACAUAUACUGAGCUAUGUACGAUUUGUUGGAAACAAUCGGAAUGACAUUUCAAUGCAUUAGGUUGGUUACAUCCACUUUUUACACAAACAAUACUGGAGGUCCUACUUGGAGUUGAGUCAACGUUAACACUAAUGACUAUACCUAUCAUUCUUCCUCGAUUAAUCAUUGUGGUGCCAUUAUAUAGGGAGGUCUCGGGGAUAUGGCUUGAUCGAUGAGGUGGUCUCGGGGAAUCCUUUCCAGGUGAAGUUGAGUUGGCCGGAUGUUGUCAAUAAUGGAGAGAAGAGGUUGAUUAGCUGUUUCAUAACAGAAUCUUGGGGACGCUUCCGUGAUUAUCUUCUCGCAUGUUAUGCAGUGCAAGAGGGCUGCCAGACAAGUUUAUAGAAUUUACCCUAAGAAGGGUUCUGUGUGUGGAGUUUACAAAGAAAGACAAAGACAUGUUCCACAGAGGGAUGAACUGUGGUCCGACUUUGUUGUGGUUUUGAGUAAUUACAGUGAGAUUCAUGGUCUGAGUUUUACUUACCUCGAUAAGGUUUAUGGGUUCAAAACUAUGUUCAAGAGAAGAUAGUUCGGGUUUGGUGGUGUUAAAUGUGUCCAUAAAAAUGAUCUCCAGAUGUUUUCUCAUCAACUUCCUGCGAGGAAGGUCUCUAAUGAUGAGAUCCCCGAGCUUCUGAACGACUGUUGGGAGCUUGAUCCAGCUUCACUUCCAGCAGUGUUGUUCCAUUCAAAAGCAUGUAUAAGAGAUUAGAAUGGGAGGUAAUCUUCUAUCUCCAUAUUCAUCGUGAAAAAAUAUGGAAAAGGUGUAAUUCCCAAUUAGUAUAACAAAAUUACACAUUCAUACACAUCUUUCUAUUCAUAUCCUUCUCAUAAAAGCUUUUUCCAGCUAAAAAACUAGAGAAGGAUAA